GGUCUGUUCCCUCUAGUUUGUAGAUGCUGUUUAGUGAUAGCAUGUCAAGAUAGAGUGAGCUAUAGCGCAAGUGUUGAGCUGUAUGUAGUAGAGCAAGCCCACGAACCGCUUCCCCUUGUCCAUUAGAGUUUCCUGUAGCUCUACGAUACGACUGCGAUUGGAGGCUGAAGACGACAUCGUCAUGCUGCAUUUCUGCUCGGCCAAGGAAUCGCGCAGACCUGUAGUACUACAAUCCCGUUCUCGAAAAGUGGAGAAGUUGGCGCGACAUCCUCACACCUGCUCCAGCCAGAUCGCGUAAAUAUCAUAGUUUCGAUGUCGCGUAUAGAUACGUCUCACCAUUUUACGUUCGCUUGUUGAGCUCGACUCAAUCGAAGCGCCGACGGAGAUCCGAUCAGCAGCACUAUCAGUGCUGAGGAGAUCAAAGCCGUCGCUCCUUGAAGCUUUCGUAUCAUGCAAUUGUUAAAACGUACGCAAAACCUAUUAAAAUGCUUCAUACCAAUCUGUACGAGGUCAGCUCUGCUGCGCCACCUUCAAGAGCUUUGUAUUGGUGAUACGGAUUCACCCGACUGAGCUUCCGAAUGAGACCUAUCAACGCGAAAGUGAAUUGAUCACAACACAGUUGUUUGAUGUAAGGAGUUAACAAGAGCUGUAGUCACGACGAUAGUUCAUGAUAACUUCAGUGGGAAGGAUAUUUGAAGAGAAUGAAGAGAUUCUGCCGCGAGCGGUUCAACCCAGCACUGUACAUGCACACAAAGAUGUCGAAGUCUUUUCUUGAUGAGGAAACACCGCCUGGACGUAGAUUCAAAGCGUCGACCCAGCACAUUCCGGUCACGAUUCCCAAGAGCAUUACAACGACUGCUUUCUCACCAUCUCGCUGUAAGAUUGUCCAACAAACGGAAUUCUCUGCUCUGGUGGAUUCACCCCGAACUCUCUGCUGCGCUUUAACCAACGAAGAUCGCCGAUGCCUACUAUGCCCCGAUAUAUACUCGUGUUGUUUGCGUCGUCUAGUGCGUACUUGAUAGAAGUCACCGCUGGUCUCGUUCUCCACGAGAUACCGCGCAGUUACAGCGACCGAUGUCGAGGAUGAAUUAUCCAUGUCCUGAAGAUGAAACAUCUCGACUAUUGCUGACGGCGACAAAUUGGUAGCGCUUUCGAUUAGCUCCGGCUCAGCUUGGUUGGUAUCAAGCUUCACUUCCUGUGUCUGCGAAGUGUCUUGAGUUCGCGCUCGUUGCGUUUCUUCUCGAAAAUGACGU